AUGACGGAGGGAACAGCAGUAAAUACAGAGAAGCAGAACUUCAUGAGCGGAAACCUCCAAGAGAAUUACUACCAGCCUGCCCCUGUGUUCAGUCAUACCCAUAGAACCGCAUUUCUCAUGUUCUUAAAGGUCACCAUUGUGUUUGCUCAGAUUUGGGCUGCUCCCUACAGCUAUAUUACUUUCAGACAGGGUAGUGUAGACUUCCAAGGAAGGCUAGUUAUCAGGAAUAAAGAGGGACAUUACAUAUUGUUAAGGUCAAUUCUUCGAGAAGGUAUAAAAAACCAUAAUGCUUAUGUAUCUAACAACAGAGUGUCAAAAUAUGUGAGGCAAAAACUGAUAGAAAUGCAAGGAACAUCAAAUGAGUAUACUCUCAUGGCUGGAGAUGUCAACAUCCUUGAACAGAAAUGGACUGAUCCAGAAGGCAUAAAGCCACCACACCCUCCGUGCCAGAAGUCGCGUCAGAGUUCCACACUGGCCAAUCAGGACCGUCCAUGUACUGGUAAGGGCGGGGCUACCAAGGGAGGAGGAAGAUGGCGGCGGGGGCGAGGUGAGGUGUUGGCAGUGGAAAGGGGUUCGGGCGCGGGGGGCGGGGGGACGCGGAGCUAUGGCCCGCGCCGGCCUCAGGGGCGGAUAAAAAGCCCUCACGCCGCGGGUGAGGGCGAUAGGGAGGAAAGGGCGCCCAAGCGCCACAAGAGUAUGACGGGGCUGUACUGUCGCGCCGCUCCUGCCGCGGUCCUAGCGCCGCUCGGCUUCACGCUCCGUAAGCCCCCGGCCGUCGGCAGGAACCGCCGGCAGUACCGGCACCCGCGCGGGGGGCCGGCCCCGGCUGCUGUCCACCCCCGGCUGCGCUGGCGCGCGGACGGCCGUUCCUUGGAGAAGCUACCUGUGCAUAUGGGCCUGGUGAUCACCGAGGAGCAAGAACCCAGCUUCUCGGACAUCGCGAGCCUUGUGGUGUGGUGUAUGGCGGUGGGCAUCUCCUACAUUAGCGUCUACGACCAUCAAGGUAUUUUCAAAAGAAAUAAUUCCAGAUUGAUGGAUGAAAUUUUAAAACAACAGCAGGAACUUCUGGGCCUAGAUUGUUCCAAAUACUCACCAGAGUUUGCAAACAGUAAUGACAAAGAUGAUCAAGUUUUAAACUGCCAUUCGGCAGUGAAGGUGCUGUCCCCAGAAGAUGGAAAAGCAGAUAUUGUGAGAGCUGCUCAGGACUUUUGCCAGUUAGUAGCCCAGCAGCAAAAGAGAUCCACAGAUUUGGAUGUGGAUAUGUUAGACAGUUUACUUAGUUCAAAUGGUUGUCCUGAUCCUGAUUUACUAUUGAAGUUUGGUCCUGUGGGCAGCACAUUAGGCUUUCUUCCCUGGCACAUCAGAUUGACUGAGAUUGUCUCUUUGCCUUCCCACCUAAACAUCAGCUAUGAGGACUUUUUCUCUGCCCUUCGUCAAUAUGCAAACUGCGAACAGCGUCUGGGAAAGUAGUGAUCCCUGAUUGCAUAACUUGACUUCAGGCUUUUGGAGAAAAGGACCCCAGUGACUCUGAUGUUUACAAAACACCAACCCUGUAUACACCUAGUUCAUAAUCCUCAUAAUUUAUCAACAAACACAAAAAAGUGUCUUACUUGAGAGUGAGUGUGUGUGUGUGUGUGUAUGUGUGCAUGUAUGCGUGUAUGGAAAUAAACUUAUAAAUGAGGGAAGUAUUGGAGAAGGAAAUACGUAGACCUGCAUCUUUGAGCAUCCAGCAGCAAUGUUUUAGGAGUGGAAACUUCAGAUUUAUAGGCUUUAGCCUCACUUGUUGCCCUGAUUUUGUGGGGAGAAGAGGGUGACUAGAGCUGUUUCAGUGGUUGUUUGUGGGGAGGGGAAUAAUUUUUGUUCAGUUUUUCCUAGUGACCAAACUUUAAUUUUUAAGAAUAAUAUAUUGAUUUAUUAAGUGGAAGCAUUCAGAGCUUGAGGAGCUCCAGGGGAAUGGAGUUCUGUGUUGCUCAUGUGUUAAAAACCUGCUCAUCUUAGGAGCAGUGAGAAUACCUGUCUUCAGAUAUCCGUCCAUUUUCCUCUCUUACUUCUCUAUAAUCAAACAGUGCAACUUAAGAAUGUUGCUCUGGUGUCGUGGGUCAUGGAAGAUCAUUUGAAAAAGAACUUUUAGUACAUUGAAAAGCAGAAUUUAAAAUUUUAAGUAUCGGAUUAAGCAAUUAUAAAAAGAAGUCAAAUAAGGUAUGGUCUUUAAAGGAAAAUUUCCUUACAAAGGAAAGAAAAUUUUGAUUUUCUUUUUUGUUUGGAUAAAUAUUUGAGGGAAGUUACUAAGGCAUUCCUUUCCUCAAAAUAAUCUGUUCCUCUUUGGAAUAGCACAUUUAGGGCCAUGUUAAUACCCAGGGUUUUUACUUAGUACAUCCUGAUGGUGACUUUGCAUAAAUGAUCUUUAAGUUGGAUUGAGGACUAUGUAGGGAAGAAAUUAUUACCAAAGUCUACAAAAACAAUUUCAAUCAAUUUAUUGUUCUCUUUUAUGACAGAACAGCACUGUUUUUUGUUACUUUUAAAAUUAAUAAAUGAUUUCUUGAUAGGUGUUUAAUAUUUCUUCCUUCAUUGCUGAAUCUUUGGACAAAAUCCAUUCUUUUUAUUUGCUGGACUUUGAGAAAACUCUUAUCAACAAAUGUAUUAUAGUUAUUUAAAAUUGUACCUUUAGAAUGGAAUAGUUUAAAUAUUAGAUCUCAGAAAUCUGAGAAAUAGCAAGGAAGACUGGAUUUGGAAAGCACAGUCUGGAAUUGCUUGUCAAAUUCUGAAGCUAUGAAAAAUAAAUGUUUCAUCUUUGGAUUAUAAAACCCAUUUAUGAUUUUAAAAAUAUACUUGAAAUAAAAAUGAUUACACUAAAUUUUGGUUCAGUGACAUUACUUUGCACUUCAUUGUCAUUUGUACAUUAUAAGACUAUUUUUUUCUUCCGGAAGUCUUAACUUAUUCAUGAAAAUGUUGUGGGAAGUUACAGCACAUCUAAAUUUUAUUAGAUAAUGUCCGAUUUCUGUUCUUCUGUACUGUGGUCCAUGUUAUAUGGAAACUUUUUUGGCUUAGUUUAAGACUGAAUUCAUGCCUUUCAUAAACAUGAUAUGAAUGUCUUUUUAAGCAUUCUGGAGCGAGUAUAGCUUUAAUGAAUUAAAUUUAGUGGGUCCAGGUGAAGAUUUAAUAUUUGUUAAAAUUAAGUUAAUCAAUACAAACUGGAAUAUAACCCAAGUCAUGAAAGGUUUAAUGUUUAAAUUUUUGUACUUUUAGUUUCUCAUCAUUUCAUAAUGGUGUACACAUCAGUGUAAAUCUAUAUCCAGGGCUGCUUUAGUCGUAGGAAGAAUCCCUUAAAACAGGUUGCUAGAGGUUUGAAUUCAGAUAUAAGCAUUCCAGAUCGUCUCUACAUGAGCUUAACUGCUAGUACAAUCACCACAACUUGAAUGGCAUUGGUUGCUCCAUAAUUCUGGCCAAAAUCAUCACAAGUUAUGCAUCAUCAAGGUUCCCUCUGCAUUUUCAAGAAAAUAUAGUUUUAAAGAAAAGUGUGUGUGUUUAUGUAUUUUGAAGGAUAUUGUCUUUAAAUUAUUUCUUCUUGACACUCCACAGUGGAAAAAUUACCAAAUUAAACCUACUUUAUGGAUGGCAGCUUGGAGCAUGGCAAGAAGUUGGAGAAUUUGAAUUCAUUCCCAAUUCUGGUUGUGUUUUGUUUCUUGAAACUAAUUGACUACUGUCAUAAAGUUUAAAGCUGAAUUUUAAUGUGAAUAGCAAAUUCUGGAAUAUUGUGACUAAGGCUUAUGAAUGCCCGUCUGAGAGGAAGGUGUUAUAAUAUUAAUGAACAGUGCCAAAUACACUGUGCAUAUCUAUAAUUUCAAUCUUUGAAUGUAUGUUACUUGAUUGUCUCCCCCCUGUGUGAUGGUUCCAUGCAUAGAGUCAGUUAAAUUCUUGUGAUGUUUUGUAUGGCUGUAGACUUUGGCGACAUGUAAAUAAUGUGUAAAGCAAGUUUUUAUGAUUAAGGAAUCAAAUUUAUUGAAUUUUAUUAUUGAAAGUUGAAACUUAACAUGUAUGAACAAAUUCCAAUAAAAGAAUAUACUCUUUUCA